AUGGGUGAUAUGGAGAGUGGCUGGACGGACGAGGCGGGCGAAGAUGAUGCCGAGCUGGUCGAAGCCGAGCCCGUGUUCGCGUUCGCGUUCGGGGUGCUGUUGGUGGUGGCGGACGAUGGCACGGCAACACCGUUAAACUC